AGAUAAUGCCAUGCGACAAAGUUAACAGACUUGCAUCUUCAUUCGUGCCGAGCUGUGACGAAACUCGCGGCGAGGCGAUGGCGUUUUACGGGAAUAGUGCGAAUGUUCCGUACGCGCUUACGAAUCGUAUAAUUGACAACUCGGGUUUGUGUGUGGACAUCGCUGAUGAUUUCGGGGACGACGGGAAGCUCUUGAAGAGCUCGGUUGUGGAGGUACCGUCGAAUUCGUACGCGUACAGUGGCUCUAGCUCCAGUCUCAGUGCACGCUACGGGCAUUCGCCGAGGAUCUCGCCCUACGAUUCCGACGAAAAAUCAACGUCGGGCGUUUUCGAUUAG